AUGGCGUCGAGCGCGCUCGUGGAGCUGCAGUCGCCCUACUCGCGUGUGCAUAUCUAUUCCACCAAGGCGCGACUGUACGCGGUCGCCUACGAGGACGGGGACGCGUGCCGCAUCCUCGCGUUCAAACGGCAGGAUGGGUUCACCGAGAGCUACUACCUGCUGGUGAUCACGCGUCGCGAGUACGUCGGGCAUGUGUGCGGCCACAAGGUCUACCGCGUGGCCGAUACCGCGCUGCUGCCCCUGGGGCUGUCCAUGCAGCGCCUGGACAACGGCGCGGCGGAGAGCGUGGCGGAGCGCAGGUACCGGAAGCUCCUGCUGGGCGUGGACCUCACCCGCAACUUCUUCUUCAGCUACACCUACCGCCUCACGCACACGCUGCAGCACAACCACACCGCCGCCGCGCCGGCCGCGCCGAGGCCUGGUGCCUGCCCGACGCGCGACACGGCAGCGGGUGGCGGCGGCGAGAGCGGGAGCAGCAGCGGCACUGGCAGCAGCACUGGCAGCGGCGGUGCCGCUGGUGGUAACGGUAUGGCUGGGGAGGACCCUCCUGGCCUGGCCGUGUUUGAGGGCAGCAUGUUUGCCUGGAACGCGCACCUCACGCGGCCGCUGCGCACCGCCGCGGGCAGCGCCCGGUGGACGGUGCCGCUGGUGCACGGCUUCUGGGAGCAGCGGCAGAUGUCGCUGUUCGGGCGCCACAUCACCCUGACGCUGGUGGCGCGCCGCUCCCGCCACUUUGCCGGCACGCGCUACCGCAAGCGCGGCAUCAACGACCAGGGCUUCGUGGCCAAUGAGGUCGAGACGGAGCAGAUUGUGGACGCCGGCGUUGACUGGGCCACAGGGCAGCUGCUGUGGAGCAGCGUUGUGCAGCUGCGCGGCUCUGUGCCGCUCUUCUGGUCCCAGCAGGCGACGCCGCUCUCCCCCAAGCCAGACAUCGUCCUGCAGCAAUUUGACCCGCUUUACACCGCCACCGCGCGCCACUUUGCCGACCUGGGGGCGCGCUACGGCCACCCCUGCGUGGUGCUCAACCUGCUGCGCGCCAAGGAGAGGAGGCCGCGUGAGACUCUGCUGCGGCGGGAGUAUGGCGCCGCCCUCCAGCUGAUCAACGACGCGCUCCCACACGGCAGCAAGAUUGGAUACGUGUCGUGGGACUUUGCGCGCCACGCCAAGCAGCCCGGGUCCAACAUCCUGGUGGAGCUGUCACCCCUGGUGGCCACGGCCCUCGACAUGACGGGCGUGUAUGUCCACGGCCCAGACACCUGCCCCGUCUGCGCGCCCGCCUUUGAGCGUCGCAUGGCGGCCCUCGCCGCCGCGAUGGCCGCCGCGCCCGGCGGGCGGCUGCUGCGCCAGAGGCGGCGGCGGAGCGUGGAAGCUGCCGGGCCGCUGUACCUGCAGCAGGGUUACUUUUUGAGGCGCGCCGGGGGCGGCGGGCCCGACUGCUGCAGCGGAGGAGAGAGCAUCGGUGUGACGUGCGCGGCGGAGGCGGCUGCAGACGAGGACAGCGGCGCAGGGCGGCGGACACGAGGCGCCGCGGCCGGGGCGCCGCCGGGCGGUGCGGGGCAGCCGCCGCCGCCGCCUCCGCCGCCGCCGCCGCGGUUGCGCCCCAAGGGGCGCGCGACGGCGCCGGUGACGCGGCUGCAGCGCGGCGUGCUGCGCACCAACUGCGUGGACUGCCUGGACCGCACCAACGUGGCGCAGUUUGCCUUUGGGCUGGCGUGGGAGGUAAAUGCAGCCUUGGCCGCAGUGCGCUCCCCCUCAACUGCAGUUCCCUUCUAG